AUGUGGAGGCUAUCAUGGCACUAUCUACUUCCCUGCCUUUUCCUGCUGGACUUGAGUUUUCAAGCCAUUUCCUCAUCUCCUUAUAACUCUUCUUCUCGUUCAAUCAAACUUUGCUCCCUUGAACAAAGCUCUGCCUUACUCCAUUUCAAGAGCACCUUAAAAAUUGAUAGUUCUUUUUCCUAUCCUUACGAAGAAUAUAAUUAUCCUAAGACAGAUUCUUGGAAAGAGGGAAGUGAUUGCUGCUUAUGGGAUGGGGUCACUUGUGAUAGCUGCACAGGUCAUGUGAUUGACCUUGACCUUUCUUCUAGUUGGAUUCGUGGCACUGUCAAUGACAAUAGAAGUCUCUUCCUCCUUCACAAUCUCCAAAAGCUCAAGCUUGCUUGUAAUGACUUCAGUCAAUCCACAAUCUCAUCCAAGUUUGGUCAAUUCACGAAAUUAACACAUCUUAACCUUUCUUUCUCCGGAUUCCAUGGCGUAGUUCCAACUGAAAUCUUUCACCUAUCUAAACUUGCUUUGCUUGACCUCUCUAGUGAUAUUUCUUCCCUUCGAUUACCUGAAUUGAGCCAACAUGUUUUUAAUAAGCACUUACAGAAUCUAACAAAAUUAAGAUAUCUUCAUCUUAAUGCUGUGGAUUUGUCUUCAGUUGCACCUGGCUCCUUGCUGAACUUGUCUUCUACUUUGAUAUCUCUUUUAGUUGGCGGUACUGGUCUUCAAGGCAGGUUUCCAAAUGAUGUUUUCCGCCUUCCAUUCCUCCAGAAGUUGAGUUUCACCGGAAAUGAAGAUCUUAGAGGUAAUUUACCAAACUCUAACUGGAGCAGUUCCCUUAGAUUCUUUGAUCUCUCUACGACAAAUUUCUCAGGACAAUUACCGGACGCAGUCGGCGAUCUUAUAUACUUGAAUGUAUUGGAUCUCUCUUUCACAAGUUUCUCUGGAAAAUUGCCUAACAAAAUUGGCAAUCUUAGAUACUUGAAUGUGUUGGCUCUUCGUUCGAUUGGAUUCACAGGUUCAAUUCCAACAUCACUUUGGAAUUGCACGAAUAUCACUUCUUUGGAUUUGGCAGGCAAUUCUUUUACAGGCGAAGUUGUAAUGUCAUUAUCUAAGCUCAGUCAGCUCAGAAGUUUAGAUCUCAGUCUCAACAGUUUUUCAGGGCAGAUUCCAGAUGUUUUUGGCAACCUCAGCAAAUUAACCGAUCUAGAUCUUUCAUUCAACAAUUUCAGUGGUCAGUUGCCAUCAUCAGCAUUCAACCUCCCACAACUUUCGACUUUAGACUUUCCACAAACCAAUUUGAAGGUCUUAUUCCAUAUCAACAAUAACAAACUCACAGGUCCGAUUGAGGAGUUCCAGCAGCCUGGUUCUAUGACAUCUGUUUCUUUAAUGAAUAACCAAAUUCAAGGUUCAAUUCCAAAUUCCAUGUUUGAACUUUUAAACCUUAUAUACCUUAACCUUUCUUUCAAUAAUUUGAGUGGCAUUGUGAAACCAGAAAUGUUGUCCAAGCUCAAAAACAUAACUACGAUUGACCUCUCCCAUAACACCUUACUAUCUUUAGCUACCCCAAAAAAGGCCAACAUUACCUUGCCUAAGCUUGAGGAGUUCAGUUUCUCAUCUUGCAACAUAACCGAAUUCCCUUUCUUCUUAGGAACCUCAGAAAACUUGACAGAUUUAGACCUUUCAAACAAUGGAAUUCUCGGCCAGAUUUCUCAAAAACAAUUGGAAUUGUUUCACAAUUUAUACUAUUUGAAUCUCUCUCACAAUUUUCUGACAAGUUUUGUCCCUUUUGGAAAAGUUUCCUUGAUGGACCUAGCUGUUCUUGACCUUCAAUCCAACUAG